AUGAGAACAACAUGGCUAGUUAACGAAAACAAAGCCUAUCCCUGGGACCAAACCCCAAUAUUCAGAGAGCCCACCCAACAAUUCAAGCCUACCAAAAAACUAUUUGAAAAAGUGUUUGAAUCCACAAUUUUCACAAAAAAUAAUACAAACGAAACAAAGCAUCGCAUAAGAUCUUUUUCUCCUCAGCGGCAAGAAGAAAACUCCCAAAGCUGAAGGGUCAUAAAUUUAGACAAUUCUUUUCAAUCCAGAGUGUACAAGCCAAGAAUACAAAGAAAAAUCAAUAAUACUUCUCUUGACAGUGAUUUAAUGCCAAAAGUGUCAGAUAAAAGCAUGAGAACGAAAAGUCCUAGAUGGAGCUAUAGCUUUUUACCUUAUUUUACCUUGAAUAUAAAAUUUAAAAUAUUUAUAUGAAAAAUAAAGGCAAAAGUAUAUGAUUUUUCUACUACAAUACCAGACUUAAUUGAUAAGUCUGAUACUUAACUUAACUUAACUUAAAUAUUGAGAAGUCCGCCGUAAUUCCCACCUAAGGGCCUAUUGAAAUUGCCCGAGGAUGGCGCUAUCUUGAGCCAUCCUCGGGCAAUUUAAAAAAUAGCCCCACACCGGGAAUUGAACCCACGUGUGGGGCCAUUUUUUGGUUCGUGGAAGUCAAUAUUCUCCACAUACCAAAAGUGGCCCCACACGUGGGUUCAAUUCCCGGUGUGGGCCCAUUUUUGAAUUUCCCGAGGAUGGCGCAAGAUAGCGCCAUCCUCGGGCAAUUACUAUACCUUCACCCGUAUCGCUCCACUCGGCUGCUCACCACCAACCGUCUCACAGCCUUCAAAGUGUUGCUCCUUCUAGACGAGGAUGUGCACUCGAUACCCGAAGUUGGAUGAGUUGCGCCACCGUGCCACCAACAGAGUUGUCUUUUCCGAAAAUUCGAAAAACAAAUUUUCACAGCCAAAAUGAAAAUCCAAAGUCUAGGACGUAACCCCCAGUUUCACGCUAGGAAGUUGCCCGAUUGACCAAGUAUGCUUCCUUGGUAUAGCUGAGCCUCCCCUUUUUCACCUUGGAAUCCAUUACCCCUGAGGUGAAAACCUUGCCAUCAGAAUGAGCCGCGGUCAACCAAAUUUGAAGUUGCGCUCCACUGUGCCAAGGAGAAACCUAGUCGGAUACUUAUAUCAAGCGCCAAAUUCCCUUCCACAAGGUCCCCGGCUAAGCCGGCAACAGGUGUUGAGAAAAAGGGCUGGUUCGCCGUCGCCAUUUUAAUAAGUGUGAUAAGUCUGAUACAGCAAGCGUAAACUCUAUUAGAACUGUUAGUAAAGAAGGGAGAACAAUAUACAAAAACGCAGGCAGCGAAAACAACCCACUUAAUAGCAGCCUAAACGAUAUUUACAAAGAAAGAAACUUAUAUUCUCCUACACAGUCUCACACCAGUCGAAAAAAGCCAAUUAAUAUCAAAACAUUAAAGCCAAAAGGCACAGAAACAAAUGACAGCUAUGAUAUAAUAAAAAAUUCUCCUACAAAACCACCAAUUCCUAAUGCAAGAAGUAAAAUAAAAAGAAACACAAUGACUACUUUUGAAGCUGAAAUGCUGAACGGGUCUCGAGAAAGCUCCCCAAGAAAAGCAAGAGCUCCAUCCCCAGGCCGUGAGCAGUGGAGAAGUACUAUGGACAUUAUAAAAGAUGCCUUUGCAAAAAUUAAAUAA